GAGUCGCGCACGCGCAGUCCCGGCCCCGGGCCGCCACUCCAGCCCCUCUCCGCUGCCGGGGGGACCCGGUUACCUUGGCCCCUUCGCGCUGCCGUCUUUUCCGGCAGUUGGGGAGUUUCCUGUAGUCCUCACCCGCAACCGCUUCUCGGCCGCUACCUCAGAGCCCCUCACGCGUCCGCGCCCCUCUGCUGGCAGCUGGCUGCCGCCGCCGGGGCUUCGCCUGUCUGCACGUCGAGACCGCUGGCCGGGCGGGCGUCUGCGGCUGUCCGCCGCCCACAGCCCUGCCUCCCCCGGGGCUCUGCAGCCAUGGCAAUGACAGGCUCAACACCUUGCUCGUCUAUGAGUAAUCACACAAAGGAAAGGGUGACGAUGACCAAAGUGACAUUGGAGAAUUUUUAUAGUAACCUUAUCGCUCAACAUGAAGAACGAGAAAUGAGACAAAAGAAGUUAGAAAAAGUGAUGGAAGAAGAGGGCCUAAAAGAUGAAGAGAAACGGCUCAGGAGAUCAGCGCAUGCUCGGAAGGAGACUGAGUUUCUGCGUUUGAAGAGAACAAGACUUGGAUUGGAAGAUUUUGAGUCCUUAAAAGUCAUAGGCAGAGGAGCAUUUGGUGAGGUGCGGCUUGUUCAAAAGAAAGAUACGGGGCACGUGUAUGCCAUGAAAAUACUCCGUAAAGCAGAUAUGCUUGAAAAAGAGCAGGUUGGCCACAUUCGUGCGGAGCGCGACAUUCUAGUGGAGGCAGACAGUUUGUGGGUUGUGAAAAUGUUCUAUAGUUUUCAGGAUAAGCUAAACCUCUACCUAAUCAUGGAGUUCCUGCCUGGAGGAGACAUGAUGACCUUGUUAAUGAAAAAAGACACUCUGACAGAAGAGGAGACUCAGUUUUAUAUAGCAGAAACAGUGCUAGCCAUAGACUCCAUUCACCAGCUUGGAUUCAUCCACAGAGACAUAAAGCCGGACAACCUUCUCCUGGACAGCAAGGGCCAUGUGAAACUCUCUGACUUUGGUCUUUGCACAGGACUGAAAAAAGCACAUAGGACAGAAUUUUACAGGAAUCUGAACCACAGCCUGCCCAGUGAUUUCACAUUCCAGAAUAUGAAUUCCAAGAGGAAAGCAGAAACCUGGAAAAGAAAUAGACGUCAACUAGCCUUCUCCACAGUAGGCACUCCUGACUACAUUGCUCCCGAGGUGUUCAUGCAGACCGGGUACAACAAGCUCUGUGAUUGGUGGUCGCUUGGGGUGAUCAUGUAUGAGAUGCUCAUCGGCUACCCACCUUUCUGUUCUGAGACCCCUCAGGAGACGUACAAGAAGGUGAUGAACUGGAAAGAAACUUUGACUUUUCCUCCGGAAGUUCCCAUCUCUGAGAAAGCCAAGGAUCUAAUUUUGAGAUUCUGCUGUGAGUGGGAACACAGAAUUGGAGCGCCAGGAGUUGAGGAAAUCAAAUGUAAUUCUUUUUUUGAAGGCGUUGACUGGGAACACAUCAGGGAGAGACCUGCUGCGAUAUCUAUUGAAAUCAAAAGCAUUGAUGAUACCUCAAAUUUCGACGAGUUUCCAGAAUCUGAUAUCCUUAAACCAACAGUGGCCACCAGUAACCACCCUGAGACCGACUACAAGAACAAAGACUGGGUCUUCAUCAAUUACACCUACAAGCGCUUCGAGGGCCUGACUGCAAGGGGGGCUAUCCCUUCCUACAUGAAAGCAGCCAAGUAGCCCUGGGCCCGGGGUCCUGGAUGGCCAGAGCUCUCGGUACAAUGUCGUGGUCUCCUCCCACACUCUAGAAAGAGCUUCCGCGAAGCGGCGAAGCCCAUCGGUGUACAUAGUAAAGUUCCUGCGAUGUGAUCCUCCCGCGUGCCUCUGAGAACAAAGACAGAACGUCCUGCCGCGUCAGCCGCACACAGCUGUCCUGCUUCAGCGCCGCCUCCGGGCCCCGCCGAGGGGUGCGGAGGAGCCUGGAGUUCCCUGAGCGCGUCAGGAUGCGGGGGAGGCAUCGUCCUCCACCACGAUCAGUGUCGUGGGUUCUCACAGGGUAUCAGCCAGUCCUGGGACGCUGCGACAACGCUGUUUGCCAAGCCCGCGAGUAUUGCUCUGUGUAUAGCCAAAGUUCCGCAGUUCCGCGACAAUAAAGCAAUAGUCAGAGUCUCAGCAGCCGGCACCCUGGCUGAAGGUGGCCCGCCAGCCUCAGGCUGAUGGCGGUGGCUUCUCCCCCGCGUCGGCCGUGGGCGAGUGCUGGUUCAGCCUGCGUUCAUGGUGCACUUUAUUUAUGGUACUAGGAUCAAGACAGUCCACCGUGUAGCUCCCAGCUCCUGUCCGUCUGAGACACUCGUGCUUUUCUGAAUGUCAGGUCGGGGGGCACCAGCCCCAUCCGCCGUUGCUCUUCCAAGGCCCUGCUGCCAGUGGCGUUGUCAAGGAGCCUGGAUCCCACGGGAACUCGCGCUUCCAGAAAAUCCCCGUGGCAGGUGUUGCCCUGGCGCGGCAGUGCCUGCAGGUGCUACCCACAGGAGCCCGGUCGGUCCCCGGGCACACGGCCAGGACAGCCCGGGCAGGGCACAGGUGCUGCUCCUGCUCCCGUGACGUCCUCAGAGGGAACAGCCCGUGGGAAGUCAGAGCCGGCCGGCGGGUCCCGCAGAGUUCACGCCUCGAGCCCCAGGCAGCCCACUGUCUGUCUCUCCCGCUCUCAGUGUUUCUCCUCUCCCAACUUGAAGUAGCCAUUUUGCCUUGGAAUCACGACCACAGAAUUCUCCUUUGCAGGUGCCUUCCUGGGGACAGCCCUCCAUGACGGUCGCCCGCAGCCGUGCUGUUCUCUCCGGAGAGGCCCCCUGGAUGUAGCACGAAGUGCCUUCUCUCACAGCUGCCACCGCCUUCAGAGGAAUUCUGUGUCAGGAGCACGUGCAGGCUCCUUACUGACGCAUGACUACUUUUUGACAAAAAGUUUGCUAACCGAAAGCAUCGUUUGCACCUGUGUGGUCGCUUUGCCCGUCGCGAGCUGUAAGCAGGUGACCGCCUUCUGCCAGCCUUGAGGGUGUGAAAGUCAGCUUUGAAGGGAAAGCAUGUCCAGCCCAGCCACUCGGAAGAGAAAUGGAGGAGCAGCAGUUCGAGUGGUGAGUGAACCGGCUUCAGGUUUUCACGUUGGAGGAGGAAGAACGAACGCUGGGAAGUUGGCUUUGGACGAAGGGAACGUGCUCGCCCCUUCACCUUGCAUCCACGGCCUGUGGUGAGAGGAAGAAGUGAGACUGCUGUGUUCCUCUGCCGCCUCUUGGUCUUAGCGGACGGUGGGGCUUUGACCCCGAUGUCUCGCAGGAACGUGUGGUGAGCACGGAAACGGGAAGCAGCAACGAGGGUGUGGUAGUGCGCAUGCGGGAGCGGCCCUAGGGGAGAUACCCACGUUUAACUUGGAAACUUCUCAAUAAACGGUGUGCAACAGCGGGAAA